GCAGGGGGAGGAUGAGGGGGCGCCGCGGCGGGGCUGGUGCCGCAGCCGCGCUCUUCGCCUGAGUAUUCCCGGCCGUUCCCCGCGGCCCUCCGCAUCGCACCCCGCCGCGCCGCGCCGCCGCCCCGGGGCGGGCCGCCGCGGAGAGUGAAUGCCCAGCGCCUGCUUGUCGCCGCCGCCGCCGCCGCCUGGCGUCUAGUGGCCGCCGCCAGUGCAGAGACCCGCGGACGCCAUGGGCUGCUGCAGCUCCGCCGCGCAGAGCUCUAAGCGAGAAUGGAAGCCUCUGGAGGACCACAGCUGCACAGAUGUACCAUGGCUACUCUUAUUCAUCCUUUUCUGUGUAGGAAUGGGUUUUAUCUGUGGCUUUUCAAUAGCUACAGGAGCAGCUGCAAGACUGCUUUCAGGAUAUGACAGUUAUGGAAAUAUUUGUGGGCAGAAAAAUGUGAAGGUGGAGGGAAUAGUCAACAGUGGUCUGGACCUCACAAACAAGAAGUAUGUGUUCUUCUUGGAUCCAUGCAACAUUGAUCUAGUACACCAGAAGAUCAAGUCUCUUGCUUUGUGUGUAUCAGCUUGUCCAAGAAAAGAACUAAAAACUCUGGCCGAUAUUCAGAAAUUUGCAGAAACUAAUGGGUCCACUCUGUGUAGCUAUGAACUACAGCCAUCAGAAUACACUACAGACCCAGCGGCUGCCAAGUUAUGCCCUAAAUACCCUGUUCCAGAGAGUGCACCUAUUCCAUUCUUCCAUCGCUGUGCUCCUGUGAACAUUUCCUGCUAUGCCAAGUUUGCAGAGGCCCUGAUCACCUUUGUCAGUGACAGUAGUGUCUUACACAGGCUGAUUAGUGGAGUUAUGACCAACAAAGAGAUUAUAAUGGGACUUUGCUUGUUAUCACUAGUGUUGUCCAUGAUUUUGAUGGUUAUUAUCAGGUACAUUUCAAGAGUACUUGUCUGGAUAUUAACAGUUCUUGUCAUUCUGGGAUCACUUGGUGGUGCAGGAGUCCUGUGGUGGCUCUAUGCUAAGGAACGAAUAUCUGCCAGUGCUAUUGAGACUCAAAUAGCCAAAGACAAUCUUCAGGCUCUCCUGAUCUAUGCCAUUGCAGCUACAGUCUUCACGGUUAUCUUGUUCUUGAUAAUGUUAAUUAUGCGUAAACGAGUAGCUCUCACCAUUGCCUUGUUCCACGUGGCCGGCAAGGUCUUCAUUCACCUGCCGCUGCUAGUCUUCCAGCCAUUUUGGACAUUCUUUGUGCUUAUCCUCUUCUGGACAUACUGGAUCACAGUCCUGCUUUUCCUUGGUACUACAGGUAGUCCUGUCCCAAAUGAAGAAGGAUUUGUUGAAUUUCGAAUGGUAGGUCCUUUGAAAUACAUGUGGUGGUACCAUGUAGUGGGACUCAUCUGGAUCAGUGAGUUUAUCCUAGCGUGUCAGCAGAUGACGGUAGCAGGGGCUGUUGUAACAUACUACUUUACAAGGGAGAAAAGGAAUCUGCCAUUUACUCCUAUUCUGGCAUCUAUUAAUCGCCUUGUUUGUCACCACCUAGGAACAGUAGCAAAGGGGUCUUUCAUUAUCACACUAGUGAAGAUACCACGAAUGAUCCUUAUGUAUAUUCAUACACAACUCAAAGGAAAGGAAAAUGCUUGUGCUCGCUGUAUGCUUAAAGCCUGCAUCUGCUGCCUUUGGUGUCUAGAAAAGUGCCUGACCUACUUAAAUCAGAACGCAUAUACAGCCACAGCUAUCAACAGCACCAACUUCUGCACCUCAGCAAAAGAUGCCUUUGUUAUUCUAGUGGAAAAUGCUUUGCGAGUGGCUGCCAUAAACACUGUUGGGGAUUUUAUGCUGUUUCUAGGAAAGGUCCUGAUUGUCUGCAGUACAGGUUUGGCCGGGAUCAUGUUGCUGAAUUAUCAACGAGAUUACACCAUCUGGGUGCUGCCACUCAUCAUUGUCUGCCUCUUUGCAUUCCUGGUUGCUCACUGCUUCCUUUCCAUUUACGAAAUGGUUGUUGAUGUCCUUUUCUUAUGUUUUGCCAUCGAUACAAAAUACAAUGAUGGGAGCCCUGGGAGGGAAUUCUACAUGGAUAAAGUUCUUAUGGAGUUUGUGGAGAAUAGUAGGAAAUCUAUGAAAGAAGCUGGUCGGGGAGGUGGAGCUGAGGGCAGAGAGCUAAAACCCAUGGUAGGUGCAGAUGAGGAGGUGGCGAUCCUCCAAGAGUUUCACUUUUACUUCUUCUCCCUCUUUGUCUUUACUGACUGCACUUCUUCAGGAGAAGUUUUUGUUCUCUGUAUCACUCAAGAUGUUCUGCUUUUUCUGUUUGUGAGCUUGCCUAUCACCUGGAUGGCAGAGUUUUUGUCACAGCUGAGACCAUCUCCUGUAAAAGUAAGAUGAAAGGAACUGUGUCAUCUGAAACAAACGCAUCAUUUCAUUAGGAUUAGUAGCACAUGCUCUGUGGUAUGCGCAGACAGUCCCAGUUGCUAAAUACUCUCAAAAUAAGGUGGCUCUGGAACUCAUUGGGCUAUUCUGAAUUUAAUCAUCUUUUCAGCCAUGAGCUGAACAAUUUUUAUUCAUCUUAUGUUCACCAUAAAAGCCUGAAGAACACUACUGAGCACAUCCAUUGUUGCAAAGUAGGACCAGGCAUUUAAAGCUCUCACCAAAUUAUUUUAUACAGUGCCAUGGAAUUGGAUACAGUGAUUCCUUUCAACCUGCUCAAAUGACAUUUCUCCCAGUUGUUUGUUUUUAUUGCCAACUACUUACGUUGCUUGUCUCUUGUGUGCUCUUUCCAUCUCACACUGUCAGAUACACGGACAGUGAACAAUGCAUCAUUUAUGCUUCUGCAGCCUGUUUUACUUAUGGUGUGCCUGUUAGGAAGGCAUUGCAUGUCUGAGUAGCCUGGAAUAAGGAACAGCUAUACAAGGUACAGAUAACAGAUAGGAGGAUGAGUUUGGAAGGUGGAGAAGUGAGAACAUAUGAUGGAGAGCCAGGCUGGGCAAGGUAUGACUUGUCAUCGUGCAAUAUGACUUUGUGAAAUAAAAUUUUUUCCAUCAUUACUUUCUCAGAGUAUUUGGAACCUGACUCAGUUCCUUACCAUGGGACAAUUUUUUAACCUAAUGGAAUCUAAAUAACUGUAUGCUAACAGUAGAAUUUUUUUUCCAUGAUGUAUGUUAAGCCAUGUUGCAUGAGCACUUUUUGACCAAGCUGGAAUGGGUUCCUGGUGUAAAGUGGAUAGAUGUGUAGCUUUGCGUGUUUUGCUAUUUCAUUAUACCAAUUUCUAGAUUUGCUUAUGCCUAAUUGCUGCUGUGUUUAUCUAAAAAAACUAAUUCUAUGCUCAUUUACUGUUUUAUUCUGGGAGUAAUUCUAGCUGUUCAAACAGACACUAAUGUUGGGAUUUUCAGAGUGAUCUAAAUGCUGUAGAUGUAAAGACGCCAUUAAAAUUAUUGAGAAUUGGGUGUGCAAACCCUCUAGUCACAUGCAGAAAAUAUCCCGGUCCAAAAUUUUGUUAUGUUAAGCUCUAAUUCAAACAACUGAUUUACCUUAAGUGGUCUUCCACUUACGCUCUCAUCAGUGCUAGCACAAACUGCUAGUUACGCUUUUUUACUUGUCUGCCUAAAGCUUGGAUGUUAAAGCCUAUUCACUGUGCCCCUCCUUGUAAAAGAGCAAACCAAGUACUUGCAAGUCAAAGAUAGUCUUGUUCUUUUAUGAAUACAACUCUAAGUGCUUGAGCCUGGCACUGUGUCAAAGUCCUCCUAGGACUGCUGGUGAAGGUGCUGAGCCCUUGGGGCUCACCCUGAGUGUCACCUGCUGAAUUACUCCCAGUUUUGCUGCUCAUGUGAUUGUCCUGUUUGGAUCUGAUAGCGCCAUGUUCUCUCAAAUGGUCUUCCAUUUUUGGGCAUUCAGCUCCAGUUGAUCAGUUUCUGGAAUACUAGGAUCUCACUUUCUGACAAGGACAGGACACAGCAGUUACCUCCAUGAAAUUUCUGAUACUUUUCCCCAAGUCAUUGUUAAAGGCCUAGGUUACAUCUGGAAUAGGGUCACUCAUAAGUCUGUUCUGUACUAGUAGUGCCUAUAGUCCCAAAAUUUGGUAUCUGAAAAUUAGAUUCAUUUUUCUUCUUUUUUUUUCCUUCUUUUUUUAGAAAUAGUCUUUUCUGUUUUGCUUCAGUCUCCUUGAAAUGCAGAUAUUUCUUACAAAUGACAAUUAGUUCUAAAACUGAAAUGCCCUAAAUGCUAGGACCUUCUGUUCUUGUAUCAAGGCACAAGAAAAAAAAACCAACUUUUCACAUUUCUUUCUUUGUGGUUUCCAGUGACCCCUUUUACUCAGUUUCUCCUUGUCCUUUGGCAUUUGUCUAAGACUGUACUGUAUGACUUUGUUUUCUAGGCCUCUGGAGCAAGUUCAUCUUGAAACUAGCCAGCCAUAUUGGAACCCACUGACAUUCCAAAAUAGUAUAUAUAUACAUAUAUACAUGCAUAUAUAUAUAUAUAUAUAAAUAAACAGCCAAAAUCAGAGAAAAGGAACAGGGAUUUAAUACUUUUUUUAACAAUUAUUUUUGUGAAACAUGUACUCUUUUCAUACGGGUGGCUUUUACAAGCAGCUUUAUCAUUGUUCCAUUUUUUAAAUUAUUCAUUGUGGUCAUGGAAAUGUUGAUUCUUAUCUGCCUGAUAUUUUGCAAUCUGGAGGAGGUAUCAUUGUAAAGAUAAUCUGAAAUGAUGACUGGUGUAGAGACAGAUUUCCCAUGACACUGCUAAUGUGCUGAGAGUUUUACUUGCUUAGUUUGUUUAAAUUUGCAUUAAAUUCAGGACAGUUACAUGUAAGGAAAACCUUCAAAUCAAGAAAAGUCUCAAAUUUAGUUUUUCAGAAGGUGGUUUCAGUGAGAGUUCAUUCAAUUUGAACAGGUUUAUAAGCACUCAUUUUACUUUUCAGCCCUGGCUGGGCAUACAUUUGUUUUGUCAGUAUCAGAUAUCACAAUAACCAACUCCUCAGGUAUUCAGGUGUGUGGGAGCCCUUGCAUCUCCUAUUAAACAGAAACUACAAAAUGGGGACAGAUAAUUUUUAUAUGCAAUUAACUUCCUGUUUUACCCUACUUACCCCUCAUACCCAUUGCCCUCUACCCUCCCCUUGAGCUUAGUAGCCUCCUUUAUACUUCAGCAGUGCUCCUUUGAAGGGUAUGGAUUCUCCAUAUCAAACAACUGAAAUAACAUUGUUAAAGCUCAGUCUCAGUCAUACUCAUGAUUAAUUCAUGACUACAGAUAAAAAUGCUGAGGAUGGAAAGAGAAAUGGACUGUACACCUGUACAAAAAAGUACUGUAUGCUUCAUUUCAUUUAAUGCUGGAGAGCUCUGGGAGGAGGAAGGGAGGACCGUUCCUUACCUGUCAUUUCAUCCAUAUUUGCAUGUACUGUAGCGGGUGGCUAAAACAGGAAAGGGAAGAGAAACAUUUCUUUGGAAGUGUAACUGCCAGGAUAGUUAUCUAAAGUUAUCAAAUAAUAACAAGAGAACAUGCUUUUUUAUUAUUAUUAGAUACUUAUACUUCUUUUCAGUCUGGAAGCUCACCAGAUAAAAUGCUAAUAUUCAAUUGUUUGGCAUAUUGUAAUGGUAAAUGCUUAGAAGUGUAUUUGCUAAGAAUUCAUGAUUCUGUCUAUGCUAUAUAAUCCUUUUGUUACAAUUUUUUUAAGAAAACUAUUUUUGUUAAUGUAAAAUUAAUAUUUCAGAGCAGAAUUUUUAAACUUAUUGCACUAAAUACAAGCUCUGUACAAAUGAAUAAUGCCUCGAUGGUUUGAUCACUCCAUUCAAGAAAAUCUUUUGAAAGAGAAAAGCCCUUCUACAGAAGGUUUGUGAUGGAGUGGUAUGUCUAGCUAGAGACAUGCACAACUCGUCUUACCAAGGUUUAAUAAGUAAGCAGUUAUCUGUGCUUCCUUUCAGAGGAUCAGACUUUUAAAUUGCUGGUUAAAAAAAAUGUACAGUAUCAUGUAGCUAACCAGUGCUCUUACCUUUUGGCAAUAGUGAAAUAUUUCACUUCUGCUUCUAUAAAUCAUUUGAUAAAUUUGUUUAGUUUUCUUUUGGUAAGCCAAUUCAAAGGAUUUACUCUUUUCAUAUCACAGAGCCCAAACUGCAUGAAAAUAAAAAUAUAUUUAGAAAUGAUAGCUGCUGAGGAGACAGGGAGACAGAAUUAUCCAAUCCUGCAAGCUCUUAGGCACUUAAGUUAACUGAACCAUAUCGGUAGCUCCGCUGACAUCAGGAGAAAGUUGUAAGUUACUCAUCCAUGUAAGCGCUAACUGAAGCUAGAGCUUCAACCUAUGGAUUCAAACUGGACCACUGGAGAGGCCUCUCACUUCAAGUUAGAGACCAGGCCAUCUAGAAGAAGCACUGCAGCAGCCUUAAGUUCGUGGAGAGGAGACAUUCUUGCUGUACCAAUGUGUAAGACAGCAGUGGCACUGAACACCAAUAUUUGUGUAUAUCAGUGGGGGUUAGCAACAGAAAUUUAAAAACUGGCUUAGAUGAUCCUUAGAAACUGAAUUCCAAGGCCAAGAGACUUAUCACAUACCCAGUUGCUUCCAGAGAAACUAAUUUCCAUCUUGUUUGGAAAUUAUUGGAGGUGCUUUGAUUGAAGCCUUGAAUUUUGCUCGUUUUGACAACAAAUUUCUGCCAUGACCAGUUCCACAAGUUUGUGUUCUCUGCUCACUGGAAGUGCUAGGUGGGAGCUUUUCUCUGUAAUUGCAACUAGGACUGCAGUUGGAAACAAAUUUUGUAUUUUUGUAUUACUUGACUGUGCACCAUUUUUAUAGCAGUUUAUCCUGUUUUAAAAAUAAAUUUGUUUUAUUUACAUGGUGUUUAAAAGAUACAGGCAACACUUUUUUAUGGGUAGUUGUAAUGUUUAAGUGGCAAAUCUAUAUCAUUACCAAGUUCUUAAUAAAAUCUUGUGCACCAUUCUUGAGUGUAUAUCCAGCAUGCAGAGCUUUUCAGUCGUGCCAAAAAGGCAUUCCAUCCACAUGCAGGCUUUCCAGUGGCCCUUUAGAGCUUUUUUGAGGUUCAUUUGCAAUCAGACUACAAACGGCCCUCUUCCAGCUCUGUCUUGAGCAAGGAGACAAGCAGAAGACUGACACCUGAAGAGACAACUUUUCGGGACAAGUUUAGACUCUGCUUUCCUUCCCUAGCAGGGAUAGUGGAGUGGGAGAACACUUGACAUGUAAAUCCCUAGUUGGCAGUAGAGGCGCUGGGGUCUGCCAGUUGUGAUGGAUUAAAUACUGUUUUUUGCCAGCUGGUUAUUAAAGCCAGUAUAUGGACUGUUUUGUGGGAAGAAGUCUAGACUAACUAGACAGUGAUGCUGCACUGGGAGUAAGAGGAGGAGGAGCGGAGGAGCAGAUAAGACAGGUGAGACAGAGAAAUCAUUUCCUUGGAAAGUUCACUGAACCAAGUAGUGCUUGAGGACUGGAGAUUCAGUUUGGACAAUUUAGGUUUAAAAAUGAAGCCAGUGGGAUUGCUGGUUCCCAGCAUUUGGUUCCUCCAAAUGGUCUGCUUUGUAGCCUCUGAUCAGAUAGGUUUCGAAGGAAAAAAGCAUACCAUUCUUUAAAUUGUUUAAAAUUUUUUCCACAUUAUUUUACUCUCUUAUUUGGAAGUUGAGCAGCAGUGUGUCAUCUUUAUUGCUUCUUCCAGCCCUAGAGAACUAUGUUCUUUCGGGUCUCAUUUCUGUACUGCUCUUCCAGCAAAGGAGUGCCAAGUGGCCGAGUGUCAGCUCUCCUUCGUUCCACUGAUCUUAGCACAUGCCUUCUCACCUUCCCGACGUAAUGAUUCAGGGUAUCUCCUGGACUGAAUGGGAGGGGUAGUAGGUGCUGACCUGAAGUUCUGAGGUGGAUUUUUGUUUUGUACAAUAUCACUCCAUCACUGUGCUUGCUGGCGUUAGGAGUGCAGCCCAUCACUUCUGCAGUUUUGGUGCUGCUCUAGAUUUAAACAUAUGGUAUGGUCACCUUAGAAUUGCUUAUUCAACUUUUCUGUAGCUUGUGUUCACUGUCCUAGUGGCCAAAAACAGGAUGGGGGUUUACAUGUGGCCUUAGCUUGGCAUAGUAACCCAAGGACUUUCUGCAUUAGGAAAGCAUGUCCUAGACAGAAGGAAGAACUUAAAAACCCAGCUGCAUUGUGGUGGGUUGACCCUGGCUGGCAGCUAAGCCCCCUAUUCUGUUGCUUGCUCAAUACCCCCAGCAGGAUGGGAGAGAGGACUGGAAGGAUAAAAGUGUCUAGAUAGUUAAAAAAAAAAAAAGAAUGCCAAGCGAUGCAAAGGCAAUCACUCACCACUUCCCACCAGCAGACCAGUGCGCAGCCAAUCUCCAAACAACAGCUACUUUGGAACCACACAAACACACACCAGUUUUAUUGCUGAGUAUGACAUUAUAUGGUAUGGAAUAUUUCUUCAGUCUGUUUAGGUCUGCUGUCCUGGCUGUGUGCCCUCACACCCUCUUGCCCAACCCCAGCCUGCUCUGCUGGGGUGGCAGAGUGAGAAACAGGCCUUGACCCUGUGCAAGCACUGCUCAGCAACAGGUUAAGCACUGUUGUAUUAAUCAACACUGUUCUGGUCAAUAAUCUAAACCACAGCACCAUGCAGACUGCUGUGAAGAAAAUGAACAUCCCAGCCCAACCCAGUACACAGGUCCACUUACCCAAGAGUUAAUCCAAGACUUGCUCCCUGCAUUUCUGUAUAGCACCUUCUCAGGGUGGUUACUUCUUUCUGAAAGGGCUUUUUUUGCAGCAGGCAAGUAGCCUGCUCCACAGUGCUCCCUUUCAUGGAGGGAGCAGGGGAUGCUAGCUCUUACUCUUUCAGCACAAAAUGGGGAUAUAAAGCAAAAAUGAGCCCUUUCUGUAUCAGUGUUCUGGCAAUUAAGCAGCCAGUGUUGGAGACAACAUAUUUAAUGUGCCCUCGGGGCAUGCACUUUAGUGGUUUGCUCUGAGUGGUUACGAUGUAUUCUAUGAAUGUAUGUUAUACAGUCAGAAUAAAAUGCAUGUAGCAGACAUAUACUCAUCAUCACCAUCCAGUGAUCAUUUGGUUCUGAGUGCACAUUACAUGCUGUAUUGAACACGGCACAGUCAUUCUAAGAAAGAAUCUCAAGAUUUAAAAGUAGAUACCUAACAGCAUUCCUGUUUUUAAAUCAUGGCUUUGCCUGUGCAGAUACUACUUACUAAAUCUAAACAUCACUAGUCCAUUGUUUCUUGAACAGCUUGUGUGACACAUUAUCACCACAGAAAUCCUAUUUCAUCUUUGUGGGGAAAAAAAAAGCCCUUGUGUUUCCCAAAACAAAACCCAAUAGGCUUAUUUGAAGCAUUUCUUGCACUCAGCUUGCUUGUUGGGAUGAUGGAAAUUUACUCUAAAUAUUUCACUUUAAAACGCUCUUUCAACUACUUCAUCUCUGCUGUUAUUUCCAUCACAUAACAAAAUAUUAUGGAGACUAGUAAAAUUUGUAUUUCUUGUGUUCUGUAGCAAAUACUGUUCUCAAGGUAUUUUUUUUCUUCUCUAUUUGGAGAGAUGAGAGAUGAGAUGAAACUUGUCUCUUGUGAUGGGGGUCAUGUAUAAAAGGCAGAAUUUCUGGUCUGGGAUGGCGCUGUGAUAUGUCUUGCAGUGUUUGCAAGUUGAUGCAAUCAAGCCAAAGCUCUUCAGAGAUAUUGGAAUUAUGAAAAUAUUUCUAGGGACAAUAGGUAGCAUGAAUCCAUGUAAAAAUACCUAUUUGGAGGCUAAACUAUCCGGCAUUCAUUUGACAGAGAUCUGUUAAAACAGAACUAACAGAAAACCAGUAAACACCAUCAAAUUCUAUUCCCCUGAGGUCAACUUAUCGUACGUCAGUAUAUUGGGCACAAGUUGGUUUUUUAAGCAUUUGGUACUUUUCUAUAGAAGAAAUAUGGGACUCCCCUUAGAACCAAAGUUGCAAGAAUUCAGAGCAAAAGUACCAUCUGACUUAAGAAGAACUAGCCUAAUUUCAGUAACACAGAGGGCUGGCUUCUCUGUGAAUGUGAUGGAAGACGCUGGCAGCAUAGGUGGCUACCAUUCCUCAAGAGAACCACCACUCCUCUCUUAUUUGAGUGAAAUAGGAGCAGCUAGGGAAUAUUUCAGAAAGGUUUUGUGAGAUUAGGAAGCGGUUACUCCUGAAACCCAGCAGAAGUUGGGCCCUGACCGCACAUCUAAUUCUCAAAUAAAUACUGCAUUUGCUCCAGUGUAAGUAUUGGUUGGGUUCCUCUCUGCUCCAACUGAAAACAGAGAAUACCUCUCAUUAGAGAAACAGUGCCGCUGACAAUGUCAUAGUGUCUCACAGGGGAGUGAGAGAGAAGAAAAGAGAAAGGUGGUUUUGUUUCCAAUGUAGGCCAGAAAGCAGCUGCCAGAGGUUAGGUGCAGCCAUGGAGAGCAGGAUUUCCACAGGAUCUUCACAGUAGUUAAGAAAAAUCACAUUCCGAUUCACAGACAUCUCACAGCAACAUCCCCUGUGCCCUGCUUUUAUUUUGCUCUGGAGCUCUUCAGAGCAAGAAAGAAGGUGGAAUCCUAUACCUAUAGAAAGGAGUUAUUUCUAUAUGGUGGAUGGUGUUGCUGAUUAUAGGAGAUACUCUAAGGAAAAUCUGAACAGAUUUUAAAGGCUUGACAGUAUGUGCAUUGUCUAUCAAAGCUUCAUCUGGAAAUAAACUUUUCAUCCUCUUUCACUCAUACUUCGAACAGGGCAGUCAAACCCCUGGACUGGCUUAGUGAUUUACAUUGAAUCAAGAUCAACUGACAGGUGCUCCUUUUUCCAGUGGAAUGCCACCUCCUUUGGGAAUGGGAAAAGUAAAUGUGACACUUUAUUGUUGUCUUGAGAAUUUGAAAUGUUUUAUACUGCAAGCUGUGAAUGCAGGAAGAGAAAGGAAAUUAACAGUGCUGAUCUAAUCUUAGAUUUUCUGUGUAAACUGACAUUGUGCCAGGAUACUGAUGCAAAACUGUAUUUUAGUCUAAGAAAUGUAUAGAUUUUUUAAUGUAUCAAAAUAAAGGUUUUCUUUUUAAGUAA